CUAUAUCCCCCGUCCCACGGCGCCGCGCUUCGCCGCCUCCCAAACGCGUCCAAAACAUUCUGCGGCCUGUUGGAGGGCAGCACCAAGUAUCACAGUCUAGCUACUGCCUGGCACCAGCAAGCUUCUGCCCUGCCCCGCCCCGCCGCCAGAAUCCGAAACCAGUAAACCACAGCGGCAACAACCUCGCGGCGCCCGCGUGGAGGCAGGCGGCGCAUAAAGCCAGCCGGCGCUGCUCCUGCUGCUUCUUCGAUCGGUCCAUGGCUGUCGUCACGAGGGACGCGGCGUGCCUGCCCCUCGUCCUCCUGCUCCUAGUCUUCUCCGCGGCCCCGUCUCCGGCUGACGGCUGCGACCGCUGCGUGCGCCGGUCCAAGGCCACCUACUACCAGGCCUCCUCGCUCGCCCUCAACGCCGGGUCGUGCGGGUACGGCUCCUUGGCCGCGUCCCUCAACGGCGGCCUGCUCGCCGCAGCCAGCCCCGAGCUGUACAGGGGCGGCGUCGGCUGCGGCGCCUGCUUCCAGGUGCGGUGCAGGGACAGCGAGCUGUGCAGCGCCGCCGGCGCCAAGGUGGUGGUGACGGACCAGGCGCGGACGUCGAACCGCACGGCGCUGGUGCUGAGCGCCGCGGCGUACGCGGCCAUGGCCAGUGCCGGCAAGGCCGCGCGCCUCAGGGACCGGCGCGUCGUCGACGUCGAGUACAAGAGGGUACCCUGCGAGUACGCGAAGGACCGCAACCUGUUGAUACGCGUGGAGGAGAAGAGCCGGCCGCCAAGCAACCUGUCCAUCAGGUUCCUGUACCAGGGCGGCCAGACCGACAUCGUCGCCGUCGACGUCGCCACCGUGGGGUCGUCCAACUGGCGGUUCAUGGCGCGGGACCACGGGCCGGCGUGGAGCACGGCGCAGGCGCCGCCGGGGCCGCUGCAGUUCCGGCUGGUGGUGACCGGUGGCUACGACGGCAAGUGGGUGUGGGCGGAGUCGGAGGUGCUGCCGCGCCGGUGGGAGGCCGGCCGCGUCUACGACGCCGGGGUGCAGGUCUCCGACGUCGCGCAGGAAGGGUGCUACCCCUGCGACACGCGCGAGUGGCAGUGACGUGACGCGCGCACGGGCUGGAUUGUAGUAGAUUGUACAGUUUUUUUUUUUGGUCGGGAAUGGGACGAAAGAUAUGAAAUGAUGAUGAGCGGAGCCGGAGAGCCGAAUCAAACCAAAUCAAACAAACGUGCCGUUGCAAGUUGGUUCGGCCGCGUUGCUCGACCCCAUUUAGGGCUUGUUCGGUUA